GAAUGUGAUCGUUUCGCGAAUCUCCCACCCUCACGAGUCAGUGUACUUUUCAUUGCUUUUUUAAUCAUAAAACAGCUUGUUCCGCAUGGACAAAGACGAUUGUUCGUAGAGAGACUAUCAAAGAAAAGUAAAUUUUCGCUGUUAGUCUGCAUUCUAGGACAGUUGCUCAAUGGUUUAUCAUUAAACAUUUUGUGGAUCGAACAACAUAGUUGGCUAUAUUUCAACUGGGUGACAAUGAUAUGUCUAGUAGCUAAAUGUUGACCUUUGUGACGUACGCUUUGCUGUAAACUAGAACGUCGACAUUUAUUUUCCUAAAAUACCCCAUUUUGUCGAUUGAAGAUAAUCAGGACAGGGCUGCAGUCGAGCAAGGACAAGACAUUUUGUUUGCAUUUGAUCUACAGCGACAUACAACAAUGUUAACCCAGAGAAAGAGAAAACGCACUGUGGAGGACUUCAACCAGUUUUGCACCUUUGUGUUGGCCUAUGCUGGAUACAUCCCAUAUCAAACGGAGGAUUGGUGGUGUAGUGACAGCAAGCCCAGUGACAGCAACCCCUGCAGCAGCAGCCACAGUACCAGUCCAUGGGCCUACCAGUCCUCUCCUAACUCAGACUGUGGCUCCUCCACUCAGAGCCAGAAGGAGAAAGGGAAGGUGUUGAAGAGGAGGAGGUCAGACAAGAAGCCAGCCGGGCCUGGCCAGGGGGAGAAGAAGCCUAGAGGAGGAAGUGCCAAAAAGUCUCCUAAUAACAAACAGGCUGCCCCUACAUCAACAGUCAACAGAAUGCCAGAGCUCCAUGAGCAGCACCAGCCCCAGUCUGAACGGACCAACCUCAACAGCUGUCCUACUGACAACAAAACACAUCCUCUGACAGCUCCGAAAUGUGACCAUGACUGUAAACUUUCCCAAUCUUCCCUGACUCAACUCUUCCCUGAAGCCACCUCCAGCAGCUCUCUGUCUGUCCACAGGGACAAGAUCAACACUGGUCAGACACACACGCCAGACCCCAACGGGUCAGCUGGGAAAAUGAAUGACUCUACAACCCCUCAGAAGACAGGAAGUGAAGAACUGGAACAGGAAGUGACCGAACAGCCUGUUGACAUGACAACGACAAGCUGUGAGACGGGGAAGAGCUGUCCUCGUAGGCCGGGAGACAGAGAAAAUAAGAGAAGAAAGGAAGAGAAUGUGACGAGGGAGAGCUGGGAGGGGUCUGGGAGUGAAGGAAGGAUAGACAGUGGUCAGAGGUCAGAUAUCCUGAGGAUGGUGAUGGACAGGAGGUUGAGAGGUCAGCUAACUGAAGACCAGGAGACAGGCUACCACACAGAGGAGGGUAGCAGCCCCGACCGGGACCAUGGAGGGAGCAACUACCAGACAGACCAGGGAGGGAGCGAUGGAGAGGACACAUCUGCAGACAACAGCAAGAUGGAUGAUCAGGACGACUCGUGGGACCUGAUCACCUGUUUCUGCCUGAAACCGUUCGCGGGUCGGCCCAUGAUAGAGUGUAGUGAGUGUGGCACCUGGGUGCACCUGUCCUGCGCUAAGAUCCGCCGCACCCACGUUCCUGAAGUCUUCACCUGCCAGCCCUGCCGAGAUGCCAAGACCAACAUCAGACGGUCCAACCGGGCGCGGAUCGCCUCCCGCAAACGCUUCAGCGACUAGAGAGCCCCACCAGCUGGUUCAUU